AGGCGUGUACUUUGGUUCGCGUCCAGUAACAUCUCUUCAAUCCAGUAGACCACCACUGCGCUGUAGCACACCAAUUUAGUUCAUUGAUAUGCCAGAGGCCGAAUCCACAGAUGGACGCGACCAUGUUCGCGAUCGAAUCUUGCAUAACCAUAUGGAACGCGUCAUCCGUAUUCAUCGUGACGAUUCGGAGAAACUUUUGACAGGGUUGACCUAUCAAUCCGCUAUCGACUUGGCAGACGAAGUGCCUGACUUUCGUGUCUCUACUCCAUCAGCGAUAGAUACAGAUGCUGAACUAGCUCAGGGUCUACCUGGAGGACUCGAUGAAGAUGAUUUAUCUCGAUUCGCAUUUGCUUCUCCAAAGCUCAGCUCAAGCUCCAGAGAACAUCUGGUGAUGGAGCUGCAAAAGACUUUGACUGAUAUUCUUGACCUUUGGAAUCCCACAGAAGAAAUAGCCGACGAUGAGAAGAUUGAAAGAGCCCUAGAUCUUCCGAAUGUAAUCCGAACACGCAAGCAAGAGAUAUCUUCACUUGGGGACGAUUUGCGAAGACACCAUAUCCGUGUCUCUACAUUAAUAUCAGAAAUUAAUGAGAUCCACCCACGUCUCGAGGGCGAACUUAUGCAUGCGCUCGAGACACUUCCGCCCCUUCUCGAAACCGAACGAAGUGCACGCUACGACGUCCUCGCGGUCACAAUCGAAACGUGUCUUCUCAAGCUAUCUUUGAUGCGUUCUCGCAUGCAUAGUACGUUGUAUGGAUACAAGUCCACGAAGAACCCAGAGGCGACUAUGUCUAAAGCACUAAACGCCGUCCAUAAGAGGCUCAAGCAGAAACAGAAAGAACAGAAUAAUGAGGAGAGAGAACUGGACAGACAGAUCAACGAGUAUCAGAGUUUAUUGCACUUGGUGGAUGGAAGAGAUGGCGGCGGGUUUGCGCAGGUCGUGGAGGAUAUGGCCAGGGUACGUAAGGAUACGGAAGAAUGUAGACGAGAUUUAAGAAGGCUAGGCUGGACGGGAGACUAGGUGAAACAACUGAAUAAAAAAAGGUAUGCUAGUCGUCAGGAGCCAUCAUCCUGUAAUCCGAACCAUUCGGACCAUACUUUCCCGAAAUGGUUGUUUUAGUUUAUUGAGAUAUGUCUAUCCACUUGACCU